ACUGAACUGAUGAACAGUUAGAGAGGAACUGCUUUACUGGGCCAUAUACUGUCUGACUGGUCAGAGGAGACUGCAGUCGAUCAGGUUGUGGGAGAGAGCUGCGAUCUCUGUCCUGUUCCCGCAGCUGGACGUGUGAACAGUCUGUGCAUUCAUGUUGGGCUCAGCUGGAGAAAUCAAUGCAGUUUCUGAUCGUGUCAACAAGCUGGGAGUAACAGCAGGAAUCUCAGGGCCCCCUCCAACCCUCGUCAUGAUGAUUGCUGAAACCCUGUAGUCACUGGGCCCUCUCUAAUUUUCAGCUGCUGGCCUUACCCUCAGGACAAUGAGUGACGGAAGUGAGCAAGUGGCAGGUGAUGCAGAAGUUGGCUUGCGGAGUCACAGGUUGCUGGAGAUGUGCCUCAUUAUUGGGAUUUCUCCCAAAAACCUGCGGCGGGUGAUCCAGCAGAGAACUGAGGUCGACAUAUUGCGGUCUUCGCCUGGGUGGACUGAAAAGGACAUGCACAGCAGUUUCUUUGACGCUGCAGACAUUACUCCAGAGGUUCUGUCCAUUCAUGCUCCACCGUUCACCGGGCCUCAAACAAAUGUUCACACCGACUCGCAGAGCUCAUCGCACAAGCAGGAGGAGAUCAUGGGACCAACGUUCACCUCAGCCCAACUCUUUGGAAAUAUGGAAACUUUUAAGGACCACCUCAAUGUUCCGAGGGGAAUCGAGCUGUGUGGCCUGCCAGAGCUGUGCUUCCCAGAUGGAUUUAAGCUUCCAGUGGAAGAACAGGAAGAGUCUUUCCAUUUCCUGGUUCUGACGGAUAUCCUCGGGAACAGACAACAGGGAGUGGUGCUCCACAUUAACAGAGAGAUAAAGGAAUCCGAUCUUUAUCAAUCUCCCACCGAGUGCACGGAACUCACAACAGACUGUUCUGAACCUUUCAAAGUCCUGGUCCCCUUUGGGAUCUGCAUCAUCACCAAGUUUCCGUAUUACACAGUGCUGAAGGACUGCCUUUCCUGUCUUCUGCUCGACCUGCAGUCCUGCGGAGAGAGAGAGUUUGAGAUGAAGGUGAAAGAGUUUGCAGCUCAGUUAGCUCUUGUCCCAUGCCCACCACCAGGAUCCAUCCAACUGUGCUUUGAGCUGGGACCCCUCAGUAUCGUGCUCUCACCUCCUGAAGAUAUUGACAGUCCAGUUAUUGACAUCGGCCUUCACAUCCCAUUCCUUUGCUUCAAAUCAGAGACUGUACUGCAGAUACUGACGUACAUCCUGACCGAGCGAAGACUGGUCUUUUUCUCUACUAACUGGCCACUGCUGACCCUGGUGACUGAGUGCUUCAUACAUUACCUGUACCCUCUGCAAUGGCGGCACCCCUACAUCCCAGUGCUGGGCAAUCAGAUGUUGGACCUGGUGAUGGCACCCACUGUCUUCCUCAUGGGCUGUCAUUCCAGACACUUCGAAACGAUCAACGAGGUGGAGGAGUUAGUUCUGGUGGACGUUGAUAACGGCACCGUUCUGACCACACAACACAAGGGCCUGGAGACCCCACACCUGCCCACAGCUGCCGUCGAAGAAUUCUUGACCAGCACACAGCAGCUUCGGGCCAACACAGAGCUCUCUUCAGCCCACCUGGCUUCACACACUAACCUGGCAAAGGCUCGACAGAAGAAACGUGAUCAGAGGCAGCAAAUGAACAACAAACUUCGACAGAUCUUCCUGCAGCUCAUCGGGAACCUCCUCAGGGAUGUCUCCAAACAUUUGAACCUUAAGCACCGUGUGUUCAACAAGAAGGAGUUUUUAGACUCACGACAGCCAGCUGCACAGCCUUUCUACAACAGCGUGCGUAUCAGUCUGUCAGUGGUGGACAUUGCUCAUCAGCUCAGCAGUGCUGUUGCUGUUAACCCCCCCCCCCCCACCCCCCUCCAAAAAUCGUGUAAAGUCUUUGUGUCAGAUUUCUCAGGGGGCAUGCUGAGACUACAAGUUAUAUCCCUGAGUUACAGAGUGCGUCAGAGACUGACAGCAUUCCGAACACUGUACCUGCCUUCAUUCCCCUGUGACCCACUGGAUUGUCUCAGCGUCUCCCUGUAUUACACCAAACUAGUUGUCCAGAUCAGCAGGACCAUUGACCAGACGUGUAUCGAGGACUCUGAGGCAUUGGCCGUGUGCUUCUAUCUGCGUGGGAUUGUCCGCCUUGCCCAGGGCCAGUCCUUACAAGCUCUGCUGGACUUCCAGAACCUGGAGAAAAUCAACAUGAACUUCUUCCCCUGGGAUCUGGUCAAACACACACUGAACUCAAUGACCCCUGAGCAGCUUCACACUGUGCAGGAGACAGAGGAGCUGAAACGUCUGUUCUUUGGGACCAUGCAGAAACACUGGGACACACUCAAACAGGAGGAGAGCGUGAAGAACUUUGAGUUGCCCCAGAUGCCCCUCAACAAACAGGACUUUGGAAUGCACAUCCAAGCUGCCGGAAUAGUCAAUAAUCCCAACAACACUGAUCGGCUCUUUGACAUCCUCGCAGGAGGACAGCAGAAGCUGAUUGAGCCAAAGAUGUUCGACGAGCUGUACUCCCGUUGGAAUGAGAUUAAGUCGGAGAUGGACAACAUCACGCUACCACCUGAAGUCAUGCAGAACCUUCUGGAAAACGAGCGAAUCUCGAAGGUGUCGAACCCGGUGAAGACCAGCUAUGGUCUGGGCCGCGUAGUGCUGAGUCAGAAACGCCUGUUCCUGUUGAUGGAGGCACACCCAUACUGCAAGGAGAUUGCUCUUUUCCGAGACAUCGAGGAAGUGGAAUUCUGUUUACCAGUAUCGAUCUUCCCGCUCAAGAUCCUGGCCCUGAAGAUCAAGGUGCGGGAUAAAAAGGAGCCCUUCAUCGCCAACCUCAAGUCAGAGAGGGACCUGUGGAAGGUGAUCAUCCGGGAGAUGUGUGCAGGAAAGUUCCUGGCAGAUAGACACAAGGACCCUCAGUACAUUCAGCAGGCGCUCAGCAACAUUCAGCUCAUCAAUGCAGUGGCUAAAUGUAACUUUCACCAACGGCCCAUGGUGAUCGCCUCCAAGCUGGCAUACCUGGACCAUACUGUCGGGCAAGAGUCACAGGCCGUUCCACGGAUGACAUCAGAUGCCCUGAAGCACACCCUCCACCUCACUGAUUCCAAUUCUACCCCCUACGCAGUUGAUGUCCUCCUGUAUGUUCCUGGUAACCUGGACCCGUGUGAGAGCGCUGAGACACACCCGAAGCUAUGGUGUGGCCUGAGUGACGGCCGCGUGAUGAUGUACAAUGCAGCUACUUGGAUAAUGGAGCAGCCGCCAAUCCAAGCUGGCCAUUCCAAACUGAACUGUAUGAUUGGCAUUGGGUACGAGCAGGUGUGGCUGGGAUCGGAGGAUUCGUCCAUUUACAUCAUCGAUGCGCUCGCCAUGAGCUGUAACAAGAGGUUGGUGGGUCACCGCAACCAAGUCUCCGACAUGAUCCAGGAGGAGACACAAGAGAACGGGGACAGUAUCAGUCAGAUUUACUCCUGUAGCCUGGAUGGCUCCAUCCUGCUCUGGGACCCCGGGCUGAUGGAGAUAAAGAGUCAGUUCCAGUUGCCUCAGUGUUGGAGGCUGAUCUCCAUGUUGCUGCAUCGUGACCACAUCUGGUGCUGUGUUGAAUACAGUCUGUUGGUCCUUGCUCGAGAUGGCACACAGAUCCAGGAGGUGACCUUGACACCAAGUCCCGAGGGUAGCUCCAAUCUCAUGACCGACUUCCUCAUCAUCCCUCAGAGAGAUGAGCUCUGGGUCGUGUGCAGUCAACGAGCAAAUGUUUACAUCUGGAAAACGGAUGAUCUCAAGGAUCCGAUCCAAACAAUCCCACUGCCAGGCUGUGCAAACAUCUCCUGCAUGAUCCAUGUCAAAAAUCAGGUCUGGGUUGGAGGAGGAGGAACCACCAACAACAGCAAGGGUCGCAUUUACAUCAUCAACUCGGAGAGCCAUUCGCUGGAGAAGGAACUGGAAGCACCUUGUGGUGGUAUUGGAGCUCUCUGUUCAGCUGAAGAUCGGUAUGUGUUGAGUGGGACACAGGACAGCAAGGCCAUCAUCUGGAAAGUGGACUGAGCUGUUACCAUCUGACCCAGAGGCACAGAGCCACCAUUUCCCAACCUCGGUGUGUUGGAUGCUAUUUUUCCGUCAGGCUGCUUUGGGCCAGUGUUAGAGGUUAGAGGGAGUCAGGGGAGCGGUUUUGACACAUUCUCCCUCUGUCUGCCUCCUUUUGCCAGGGCUGGAGAGGUCAUUGGUGGAGCAGCAGUGACUGAGCAACCACCUCCCUCAACAGCCCCCUCUCAGGAGAGUCUCAGACAUGCAAUUUUCACUCUCCGCCCCUCCCUCAGAAAAUUUGGACCACACCUCACUGAAUUAAAGGAGCUGUUUGCCAACUGACCCCUGACCCCAAAGAUGUCAACGACUGGAGAUGACCGGUGACCAGAAACAAGCAACAGCACGAUUACCACAAGGGGCGGCAACUGGGAAUAAAAGCAGUCCUCUAACAUUCCUUUGUAUUAAAUCUUAUUUAAAAAUUACUUUAGUACAUAA